CGAAAUAAUAUUUUUUAUUCUUGGGUGAACACAGGAAACACACGCACACAUCCAUACUCUCUAUUCGUUUUUCACUUUACACUUCUCCUCUCCCCUUUUUUUCCUUUUCCUUUUCUCUUUCAUCUCUCUUUUUACCCCCUCUAUUCCACAUCAUGAACAUGAACGACAGCGACAUUCCCGAGCGCAUUGCUGCUGCAAGACGAGAGGCUGAAGCACUAAAAGACAGAAUCAAACAGCGAAAAGAAGCACUUGCCGAUUCAACAUGUUCGUCUAUCUUCUUCUUAAUAUUUCUGUGGGGGGUUUGGGGGAGAAGAAAGAAACAAAAGAGAGGGCGUUAUAUAAGAGAGUGUAUAUGUGGGAAGAGGCAUAGAAGUGGAACGUGUAACCACACGUCUAUUUAAAUAUAACAACACUUUAUACUACCAUUAUAAACAUGAAUUAAGAAAUUACUUUGCUCAUUUCAAUUUCAUUCUUUGGUAACAAAUUACUAUAGUACAAGAAAUGGCCAGGGACGUC